AUGGAUCCUAUUCUCGCAGAAAGCACCCUCGCGUAUCAUGGACUUCGGGUGAAAUCAACUAAUACCGAUGGAUCAGGUGUUGAUUCAGGCAAGGCUCAAACUGAUCAAAUCAAGCCGUUGAUCAGGACCUUUCUUGAGGAUAUCGGCUUUGAUCGCACCGUUCACGUUAUUCAAGACCAUGAGAUGACAACUGCGGUUUGGCAGUACUUCCAAAGUCUGGAACUAGGAGAGAAGACUGAGAAAUCGGUCCAACAAACCCUCCACCCUUCGGUGAACUUUUCAUAUCACGGCUAUACGACGCUUCCUUUCCAAAUAAGGGUGCUAGCUGCCAUUCAAUUCCUAUAUAUGUUUCUAGUGGAUGAUGUGGCGGAGGAAUUCAUAGAGGACCUUCAAGCAUUUGGUCAAAACUUUGUUCUAAAUCAACACCAUAAGCAUUCUAUCCUCACUGGAUUGGAUUAUCACCUUCGUGCUUUAUCGCGUUAUUACGGCCCAUACUGCCACUCUGUGAUGAUUAAAGGCAUGCUUGAUUAUAUCAAUGGCCGUGUUAUCGAGCAUAAGAUCAAACAGUCGAAUUUCAAGUUCUCCUCCGAGUCACGCCUCACGCCUAUGUUCUUGCGAACUAAGGUCGGGGGGGCAGAGAUUAUGAUUCAUUUUCUCUAUCCCAAGUCAGUCUUUCCCGAAGAGGAAUACGUCAUGCAAUAUUUCCCUAUCACCUUGGAGCUUGUACUCUUCAUUGAUUUUACCAAUGAUAUCUUGUCCUAUUAUAAGGAGUUCUGUCUCAAUGAUGAAACAGGCAAUUUCGUGGCAAAUUUCGCCGACACGCAUCAUGUCCAACAUUUGGAUGUCUUGCGGCAUCUCACGAACUAUACGCCUGGUAAGACUUUUACUCUCCCCUCUCGCAGCCGAGGUUCCUACCUUAUCACCGACCAUGUCCUCCAGGAGGUCCCCGAGAUCCGCGACUACAAAGUCGGCAUGUUGAAUUUGUUUGUGCAACACACCAGCUGUGCGCUUUCGCUGAACGAAAAUUGGGAUGACGAUGUUCGCGCCGAUAUGAGCGAUGCGCUAGACCGUAUUGCGCCUAUGGAUAAGAAGGGAAAUCUUUAUCGUCAUUCUGCCGAGGGCGAGGAUGAUAUGCCGGCUCACAUCAAAUCGGCGCUCAUUGGCGCUUCGGUCAAUAUCCCUAUCACGAACGGUCGCUUGGCAACAGGAACAUGGCAGGGCAUUUGGUACCUGGAAUUCCGGACCAGUCGGCACAGUCGCAAGGUUGUCGCGACAAUUCAGGGACAGAAGGAUUGA